GCGGCUGCCUGCCUUUAGGCUUUUCCAGCGCCAUCGUCCUCACUCUCGCCCAGAUCUCAUUCUUGUCUAGCGAUGUCACUUUUCGAUGUUCCAGGAUGGUCUGUCCCAGAUGCACCAGCUGCGGGGUCGUCCAGCACCAAGAAGCGCAAGCGACCCCCCUCGGAUGGCGGUGCUAAACUUGAAACCGCGCACAUCAACUUUGAGAAGCUCAUGGAGAAGCUGGAGGCAGGCAAAAACACUUCUCAGCCCAAUAAGAAGCAGAAAUCGAAAGCGAAGAGCAAACAGAACGAUGCUCGGAGAUCUGAAAGCUCGGCCAAGCUGCCUCAUGUCGAGAGCAGCGACGUGGGUUCCCGGGACAGGAAGGCUAAACGGAAGCAGAACGCAGGGGGCAAGCAUGCCCAAGCUUCUGUAUCAACUUUUGACGAUGAAAAAAGGGAGCAGCCGUUGGUUGAGUCCGACCAUGCAUCUCUCUCGAAGGCGCGGAAGAAGGCCAAGCAGCGCGCGGAUCUGACUCCGCCGACCGCAGGGAGCGAUGUUGCGGGUACCAGCAAACAGCCACCGCAAGAGCAGUCAAACUUGACGAAGCUGCAAGCAGGGCUGAAGAAUAACCUAGAUGGUGCUCGCUUCCGCUGGAUCAAUGAAGCUUUGUACAAAUCCGACAGCAAGCGUGCGCACGAUAUGAUGCGGGAAAAUCCCAAGGUCUUCGAGGAGUAUCACACUGGCUUCCGACAUCAAGUGCAUUCAUGGCCAACUAAUCCCGUGUCCCACUACAUCUCCGUUUUGUCUGCCUACCCCGAGAAAACUGUCAUCGCGGACCUUGGCUGCGGCGACGCUGCACUCGCUCGUGCGCUUGUGCCAAAGGGCUUCACGGUCCUGUCGUUCGAUCUCGUAUCCGACAAUACGUACGUCAUUGAGGCGGACGCGUGCGUGCGACUCCCGUUACCUGGGUCGGAGGAUCCGGACGAGGCAGAGGAGGAUAUUGAAAGCGAGGGCCGAGGCGGCGUAGUCGACGUCGUGGUCUGUGCGCUGAGCUUGAUGGGCACGAACUGGCCGAACUGCAUCCGCGAGGCGUGGCGAGUUCUUCGACCGAACGGCGAACUGAAGAUAGCCGAGGUGGCGAGCCGUUUUACUAAUCAAGACGAGUUUGUCUCGUACAUAUGUUCGUUUGGCUUUCGUCUGAAGACGAAGGAUGACAGCAAUUCGCAUUUUACUCUAUUCGACUUCAAGAAGAUGGCAAGAAAGUCGAAGGGAUCGAAGGAAUGGGAAAAGACAUUAGGUCGCGGCAGUAUUCUGAAGCCAUGUGAAUACAAACGGAGAUGACCGUGGCAGGUUAGCGUCCCCGUUCCAGAAACUAUGGCAUGUUUAGGAGUAUCUUCGAGGAGUAUCCUGACCUCAUGUUGUCGCCGCAACUCCGCUCUGUUGCCUCAGGACACCCAGGGUGCGCAUCCUUGGCCACCCCAAAAUUCGAUAGUCGACUGGCCUUCCAGUCCAGCUUUCGUCGACAUACUAGGCUGCUGUCAGCUCGUAACUCCGCUGAGCAGCCUGACAAAAGCCAGGAACAUGUCACAGUGACAAUUCGGUACAACGUUCAU